GGCCGCCAUCGAAAAUUGAGCCUUUUCAACGAGUCCGCGGCGGCGGCGGCGGCGGCGGCGGCGGAUUCGAGUCGGCAUAAAACGCCGCUCUCGGCAUCGCAGUCCGCGAACGGAUGCCUCGAGAGGGUGUCUUUGAAGGGGCGAAUCGAUGAGCAGCGGACGCCACGAGCCAUUCGCCAAACACCGGCCCGUCCAUCCGAACGAGCAAGAAAAGGAGGAGGAGAUGUGGAGCAAACCGACGUUCUACUCGCCGCAGGCGGGACACGUUUUGUCGCCGAUGCAGACAUUCACUCCGCCCAGGCUCCUGCGCAAGGCGGUGUCGCGCAUGAAGCAGAAGGCCUCCGAGAUGGUACGACAGGUAGGCAUGUGACAGCGCAGGACCCUCUUUUGCCCGCUGCCCGCGGCUUCGGCUCGACUGGCGCUGUUGCCACGUGGCGACACUACCCGACCUUUUUCUCAUUCGGACACGACUCGACUGUGGCCUCAUCCUCUCACCAAAUAAUCUCGGCACCGCUUCAGUCCGGGUCGACCUGCUACGCCACCGACACGUCACAAUGCAGCACAGGCUGGAUAAAAUGCCUGAACAGGAUCUACCCGUAG